AUGGAUAUCGCAAAGACUACACCACAAAGAAAAUUUCGACAAAUUACCCAUCCACAUGAGCACAACUUUUCUGUUCCGUCUUUUGGAUGUGAUUUUCGACCUGCAAACAAGGCAAAAUAUGCCGAGAUACGGCAGCAGUCAGCUCCUCGUACAAUCUCCGAAUGCAAACAAUCAGAAAAGGCGAUUAUAACGUCAGUAGGUCAGUCAAAACCUUCAGGUUCAACAGUUACGAAGAUGGGUCCAUCUGUUGACCAAACAACAGACUUUACCUACUCCUCAAGACCUCAGCUUAGAGAUACACAAAUGAAAUGCAGUCAGGCAAUAGUUUCAGUCAUCAGAAGAUACCUGAGUGGCAACAAAAAACUAUCUAGAUCCAGGCCAGGAUCAAUGUAUUUACCAAAGUCGAACAAUGAUGUAUGCUUAUCGGAGCAAAAUAUGAAUCCAGAACGAAGCAGACUGCUACAGUUGUCGCAGUCUAAUUCUUCACACGCCAACCAAGCACACCAUGUAAGUACAGACAAUCAGAUCGGCCAUUUCCCACUCCAAAGAGGCUCUUUACUGAGCGGAAAUACAGAUAAACAGAUAUCAUCUUCGAAUUCAAUGUUGCCAGUUAGUGCGAAAGGAGGUCCUGAUAAGCCUAGUGCCUAUGAAAAGUCAGCUGAAAAUGCUCAAAUUCAACCGCCUUUUCACCAUUCACAAAAAAUGGAAAGUCAAGUAAAUUAUUUACAAUGCCAACAGUUACUACCAUCUCAACAAUCAACGAAUCAGUCGACACAAUUAGUUCAAACAUCUUAUACUGGUGGAUGGAUUUUACCACAGUCCCUAGUGGCUUCAUCUCAAUUUCAAUUGUCAGCUUCGAAUAAUCAGAUAAACUAUAACACUUCUUCACAGUACAACCCUCAAAAUAAUGUUUCUGGAGGUAUAUCCACUAUUUCUGCCCCAGAUACGAGUUUCGGAAGUCCACUUAAUCCAAUGUAUGUUAUUCCACAAAACUAUACUAUAGCACCUGGCAUGAAUUCGUUAUCAAAUUCACAAAACCCGAUCUCUAUGGGUUACCUGCAAACUCAACCAGUUCAUAAUCCUCAGUUAUUGUCUGGUACCACUGUCCUUCAACCUCAAGUAGCCAUAGUUGCAGUUGAUCCGGAAACUCUGAGAGCCAUCCUGUCCGGUACAUUCAAUACACAAGCUUUAUUUCCACCCGCUAAUAUGACUUCUGCCAGUAACCAAAGCAUAAAUGUGACCUCCAGCCUAAAUCUACCAACACAAACAUCAUGUAUUCCCAACAUACCACCACUCUCUCUGCCUGAAGCUACUUCUUGUUAUCGGACUGCAGAACCUCCAGCCAUUUCAGUUUCUGAGUCAACAGAAAUAAGUUUUCAAAACAAACAAGUAAGUGAAGACAAUAAAUAUACGAAUACACCUAGUUCCCUGAAUGAAUCGAACACCCUAUCUUCACAACCAUCUUACAUAAAAUCAACAACGACACCCGCCACUGACUCUGAAUUAUUUAACCAUUCUAGUGAUAGAUCAACUAUACUUAAGCCUUCGAACACCGUUUCGCAAGCAUCACUACCUAAGCUACGUAACCCUCCUAGGACAUUACGGUUUCUAGAGAAGUCAGAACCGUAUGAAUCUAGUGGUCACACAGACGACUGUCAACGUGGUGGACAACCUGUUGGCAGGGAACCGCGAAAACUUAAUGCAUCUAGCUUCAUCCUCCGUUCUCAAAAGGCGUCAACAGUUGAACCUCAAAAUGUUCAAGAAGGUGAUCUAUGUGAAGACUCUGGUUCAUUGAAGGGAGGUGAUAGUGACACACCUGGUCAACGGCAGGAUGUUUCAUCAAUAAGCGCUUAUUAUGAACAAAUGAAACGUAGGAACCGUCGACCCCUAAGUGCAUAUAGGCCAACUGGGGGAACACAACCCCAAUCAACUUCAAGUCCAUCCUUGCUGAAAACUGAGUGUCUAGCUAGUUUCGACAGCAAGCCAAUGAAUCGUCGGUCAACUCAUCAGUUAACGAGGGGUUACACCAUUGCUUCGAGCAAACCGGACCAUCCCCGGUCAUCUAAUUUUUCUGAAGAAAAGGUACAGCCGCAAGAGACUGACCCUUCUAUAAUGAGCGUGGCUGAACGUGCACGACAAUGGCAAUUAGCACAAUCAAGUGGUCAGAACAAUGCACGUUACUCUACAUCCGGUUUUAUUGAUCAGGAUUUAGUAGACUGUCAGGAUUUGGUGCCAGUUGAAGAUAGAGUGAAAAUGUUUGACACUGGUGCACCGCCAAGUUGUCAGGGUGAAAAGAAUCCACGGUUAACAUCAGAACUUCAGGGGCUUCGUGAGAGAAGACAAGUGAAGUUCACUGACACCAAUCUAGUCACAUCACUCUCACCUUCCAAAUCUUCAAAUCUAGCAAACAAAUCGGUUACAUCUGUAACACUACAAACGAAAAGGCUGAACCAUGUCAACCCUCGACGACCGCAUUCCAGUGUAAAUUUGCAGAGAAUCAAACAGGAUUUGCAACAAACUGGAAUAUUUCAACCGACAGUUAACAGAACUGCUCCAAAUCUUCAGUAUAACAAUAACAAUAACAACCAUACCAACAACAUAAACUUGAAAAUUGCUCCAGUUAAAGGUGUCCAACAGCCAAACGGGGAUGAAUUGAGCAAGUUAAGUUUAAAUGAGAAAAGAAAUUUAUUCAAUCAACGUGAUCAACAGGGACAAUACAGUUUAACAAAUAAAACCUUGAAUAUUUCUACAGAACCAGUUAAACGUGUUAUACGUCGUAAAACGCAACCAAUUACAUUGGAUGAUUUAGCACGAGCAAAUCAACUUAUUUUAGAACGAUAUUAUGGUAAACACCUUGAAUCUCCAUUCGGAAGUGUAAAAGGUGAUGAACAAGACUCAUUCGGCUUCCACGAGUAUGAUUCACAAAUAUCAACUCCGGAAGCCAGUUUAUUAAGAAUUUUUUUAUAG